CGCGGUGCUGAGCGCGCCCGCCCGCCCGCCGCUGUCCGCCCGUGCCCCGGGGCUGUUUCGCUCUCCCCACCGCUUCUCCCCAAGUGCCCGGUUACUUUAUUGGCCAACCCCACCGGCCCACCCCUCACGGAGUACAAAAAAAACAACAGCAAGAGCUGGAAAAAUGUGCAACGUCAACGCGCUCGGAGUCUACGUGUGGGAGACGAUCGUUUUCUUCAGCCUGGCAGCCUCCAAGGAAGCGGAAGCAGCAGCUCGAUCUGCCCCCAAACCCAUGUCUCCUUCCGAUUUCUUGGAUAAGUUGAUGGGGCGAACUUCAGGAUACGAUGCCAGGAUUAGACCAAAUUUUAAAGGCCCACCAGUGAAUGUCAGCUGCAACAUUUUCAUCAACAGCUUUGGUUCGAUUGCAGAAACAACUAUGGAUUACAGGGUGAACAUCUUCCUGCGGCAGCAGUGGAACGACCCCCGGCUGGCCUACAACGAGUACCCCGACGACUCCCUGGACCUGGACCCCUCCAUGCUGGACUCCAUCUGGAAGCCUGACUUGUUCUUUGCUAAUGAGAAAGGGGCUCAUUUCCAUGAGAUCACCACGGACAACAAGCUGCUGAGGAUCUCCCGGAAUGGCAAUGUCCUCUACAGCAUCAGGAUCACGCUGACCCUGGCCUGCCCCAUGGACCUGAAGAACUUCCCCAUGGAUGUACAGACGUGCAUCAUGCAGUUGGAAAGCUUUGGCUACACAAUGAAUGAUCUCAUAUUUGAGUGGCAAGAGAAAGGAGCAGUGCAAGUUGCUGACGGGCUGACACUGCCUCAGUUUAUCCUUAAAGAAGAAAAGGACUUGAGAUACUGCACGAAGCACUACAACACAGGCAAGUUCACCUGUAUAGAAGCUCGUUUCCACCUGGAGAGGCAGAUGGGCUAUUACUUGAUCCAGAUGUACAUCCCCAGCCUUCUCAUUGUCAUCCUGUCCUGGAUCUCCUUCUGGAUCAACAUGGAUGCUGCUCCUGCUCGUGUGGGGCUGGGGAUCACCACUGUGCUCACCAUGACCACGCAGAGCUCAGGCUCCCGAGCAUCACUGCCCAAGGUGUCCUACGUGAAGGCCAUAGACAUCUGGAUGGCCGUGUGCCUGCUGUUUGUGUUCUCUGCACUGCUGGAAUACGCUGCUGUCAACUUCGUGUCUCGGCAGCACAAAGAGCUGCUCAGGUUCAGGAGGAAGAGGAGGCAUCACAAGAGUCCCAUGCUCAAUCUGUUCCAGGAGGACGAAGCUGGGGAAGGCAGGUUCAACUUCACUGCCUAUGGGAUGGGGCCAGCUUGCCUACAAGCCAAGGAUGGCAUCUCUGUCAAGGGAGCCAACAACAACAACACGGCCAACCCGGUGCCACCGCCGUCGCGCUCCCCCGAGGAGAUGAGGAAGCUCUUCAUCCAGAGAGCCAAGAAAAUCGACAAGAUCUCCCGCAUCGGCUUCCCCAUGGCCUUCCUCAUCUUCAACAUUUUCUACUGGAUCAUCUACAAGAUUGUCCGCAGAGAGGACGUGCACAACCAGUGAGGGGAGGGGAGCAGGCGGGAGGGAGCGAGCAAUCCUUUAUAUAUGUGCAAUAGCAAUGCAGCAAUGCAUGAAGUUAAGAAUGCGGCAAUAUCUACUAAAAAACAAAACAACAAAAAAAAAGGGGGGGUGGGGCUGGUAGGGACUUUUAAUCAUGUGAAAUGAGGGUAACUGGCGCAGGGAGGAGAAAAGAAGCUCUUGAUCUGGGGAAAGCAGGGUGGGAGUUAGUUUUACAGCAUAGGAAGAUGUGGAUUGCUCCAGCAAUCCAAGCAGUGUAAUAUAGUAAUAUAUAUUCAUGCUUAAUUAUAAUGCAAAAAGAAAACAAAAGAGAAAAAAAAGACCAACAAAAAAAAAAUCUUUUUUUAGCCUAUUAACAGCUUAUAUUCUCAAGUCACUGGAAUGAUUCAUGAUUCCAUGUGCAGAAACCACUGCAAUUAUGCUUUACCUGACUUUUGCUAUAGAAAGGCCAUUCCAGUCAAGCACGUAGGGGGGAAAAUCCCUAACAAAAGGGGAAAAACACCUCAAGAAAAUCAUUCUGUGCUUCUCUAGGUUUUGCACUUUGAAAACUGGAUAGAUGGGGAAACUUAAAGAGGCUGUGGAUUGCUGUUUAUUUUAUAUAUUUACUUUUUUUAGUCAUGGGUUUGCCGAUCAAACACUUUGUGACUUUUGCAUAGAGGAAAGCAAAUACAUUAUCUCUGUCAUCCCCACCAGAAAGCAUCCAAAGGAAACCCGAGAAGGACAUCAGGGCCUUCAUCAGAAAUCACAGGUACCUUCUGUGCUUUUAAACAACCUGGCAGGAUUCGAGCCCCAGGAGGCAGAAUGAUUAUUCAGAACACUAGAGACUAUGAAGGAUUUUUAAAAUAGUUUUUUUGUUUAUUUGUUUGUUUGUUUUUUCCAAACCCCUUUCUGCCAUGUUUGUUUACAAAGGGGGAAUGGAAGCAGUUAUAUUUAAAAUAUAGAGAAAACAGGCAUCUUGCUGCCUUGUUUUGACAGGACCGGGCGUGUGGCAAUACUGACAGUGAGGGGGGUGGGGGGCAGGUGUGUAUAGAGAGAGCAGCUUUUAUUUUCUGACAUUUCAUAGCAGUUAUAUUGAUAGUGAAGCUGGGCCAAUGGACCCAAAAUUCUAUUUUUGUAUCUAUUUUGGUGCUGCAUUUACCUUUAACAUGGAUGGGAAGACGGAGCAGGCUGCUUUGCCCCUCUCUGCUGCCUGGCAGAGACAUGGGGGAGGCUGGCACAGCUUGGGGGGAUGGGGAAAGGGGGGAGGGAGGUGGGAAGGGGUGAGCAAAGGGAUUUCUCUUUGCCCAAGAGGUAGCACAGGUUGGCAUUGGUGUUUGGGGUGGGGAGAAAUGUGCCAAACACCUCUAGGGUGUUACUUGAAAGCCUGGCUGGGGCUUGUGGGCAAGCCAAGGGCUUGGUGUCCCACUUGUCCCUCUGGGCCCCUGGGUGUGAGCUGGCUGCAGCACCCAGGGUGACUCUGCUGUGUUCGUUUGCACUUUAGGGAGAGAGGUGAAAGAGAGCACGAGGGAAGAGACAAUCAGUCUGCACUGAAGCACUUGGGGUUGGGUCUGGGUUAGGCACCAAAAGAAGGCAGAGAGAAGAGUGGCACCCACGGGGUGCAUCCUCUCUCCUCCCUCUCCUGCUCAGGAUGGGAGCAGAGCUGAGCUGGGUUGUGAUCUCCAGGCUCCCUCCUGCAGGGCUGGAACAGCUCACAGCAAAGUGCCCUGGGGCACUGCCAGCUCCAGUCUGGCCCAGGUCAGCAGCACCCAAGCCUGAGAUGGGAGGCUGAAGUCAUGCUCAGCCGUGGGUGUCCCAAGCAGCACAGAAAGAAGCAGGUGAGAGGAUGAGGGAGCCUGGGACCUGCCAGCUGUCCUGCACAGGGAUGAUGGCAGGAGGAGAAAUACCAGAGAAAACACUAGGCUUGCUGGGGCUGGAUAGAGGAGCAUCCAUCUCCAAGGCUGCCAAUUCAGCACCUUUCACCAGCACUAAACACAUUUUAGUUUAAGAGGAAAAAAAAAGAAAAAAAAGGAGAAAAAAAAAAAAAAGCAGAGAAAGAAACAAAGAACAAGAAUAGCAAGAGGGGGGAAAAAGGGAGAAAAAAAAGAUUAAAACUACAGUGGUCACUCUGUGGACUAGGGCAAAUGUUUUGGCAAAGGCCAUCCAGUUUUUUGAGUCCCUUUGUACUGCUGAGACAGGGAAAGGUCACAAAGUCACAAGGUCAGUGGGAGUAUGAGCCAGCACAUCACCCUGUCCAUCCACUGGAGCAGCAGAAAACCUGUGGGCUGAGGAUUUCUGCUUCCCCUGGCAGAGGGUGCUUUCCCAAGCAGGGAGAUCUCAAGCAGAGGUGUUAUUUGAUGCUGGGACAACGUCCUGAGCCUUGGCUGGAGCCCAAGUCUGCUGCUGGCUCUGGGUACUUUUGCUGAAUUAUUGAACUCCCCCUGCGUGCGCCAGGGCCGGCUGUGCCAGCUGCGGUUUGCGAUUGCUUCAAACGCCGUGUCCUUGUCUGAGAUGAAAGGCAAAUCCAGGGAAUUUCCCUCCCUGCCCAGCAGCACAGCAGAGGCUUGGUAACCCACAUACCACAGCUCCUUCCUCAUGCAGGUGAAUGACCUCACAUUGCUGUUAUUUGGGUAGAAAUGUCCUGUCUCAUGGCUGGACCUUUGCACUUUGGAGUGGGGCAAUCUGGCCGUGGUUCACACACGUUCGAUCCCCCCAGGCUGCCUGGGAUGGCUCUCCAGGGCACAGCAGGGCUGCAGGUUUCAUUCCUAAAGGAGCUGCUGUAGGUUAACAAAUCCCAUGCACCAUCUUCCCACCUAGCUGGGUUUUGGUCCUACAUCAAACCCAAACGCCGAGGGCAGGAGCAGAGCAAGGAGAAGGAAAACAUUUCCACCUCACUUCAUUCUGCUCCAGCUGUGCACUGAAGAAUCCCAAGUUCAUCCAAAACCUCCUAGCUGCAGAUGCAGUUAUAUCACAGCUACUGCUUCACUAGAGCUCCAAUGCCUCUUCUUGACACAGAAUAAGGCUGGAGGAAAGCAUGUAGGGACUGAAAAUCAGAAAGAUGCUGUUUCUUGCCCAUACAGAAGCACUUCAGCUGCCAGUGGAGCCCACGGAAGUUUAGGGACUGAAAUAAGAAUCACAUUCUCACAGCCUGCCUUGGCUUCCAGUUCAGCCUUGCCAAGCUCUGGGUAUAUUUGAUGCCCACCAUAAGCAGUGUUAUUUUCUCUUCCUUAAGCAGCCAGUUUCCAUUUGGGCCAUUUUGCAGCAGGGGCUGCCUGCAGGGUGACAGUGAGCAGUGACAUCCCAACACGAAACACAGGAAUCUCAGUGAAGGUGUGACAGUGCUGAGAUAACUGUCCCAGGAAUGGCCUGCCAGAGAGUUUCACGACCUAGACAAGACUUUAGACUGUCCUAUGAGCCCCUGGCAGGUCUGGGGAGUUUUCAAAAUCAAAGAUUUUUCUCCAUCUGUACCAGGUUGUGUUUAGUCAUGUAUUGCAAAAGAACUCAUUUUGAUAGCUUAUCUCAUCUUUAAAGUAGGCUGCUUUAAUGGUGCCAGCAAUUAUAUUUAUUAGCAAGAAUGCACAGAGUUUGAUAUUGCAGGGUAACUUCCAGGUAUAUUGAUUGAAUUUAACUCCAUAAUUGUUAUCUCUUCUUAAGAAUGAGGCUCACAAGCAAAACCUCUGAAUAAAACAGCAGUUGUCUGGCAGUAAAGAGAAAAAAUUGGGUCCUAAUUCACUGGGCUUCUUUGGAAUAAGAGAGCUUUAUCCCAAAUAUUAUUUCCAGAUGUUGUUGGAGACAUAAUGCUUUGUCAGCAGAAAUUCUUUUUCCUUACACAUAAAUAUAAUUGUCCAGAAUUUCAAAACACCAGCUUACUAUAUUUUGAUCACGUAGAAGAGUUUCUCCCAUUUAAUACCUGAUCCAUCUGGGAUCCCAGUGUCAUGGAAAUCACAGAGGUGCUGAGGAGGGUCCAGGAGAGAGCAGGGAACACGUGGGCUGCUGCACACUGCAGAGCUCAGCCUUGGCCAAGCAGCAGCUGCCUGGGAACACUCAGGUCACUCCCUCUGUGGCUCUGCUGGUGCCCUAAUUCUCCUGUCCUAGAAGUCUUUACUUGUCAGGGUUGGGAGACUUUGCUCCUAAAACCAUCAAACAUUUUCAAACUCAAUAUUCUCACAUCCUCCAAGCAGGAACUCUUCUCACUUUUCUGGAAGUUUUUUCUUCUUCUUCUGAAGAUCUUUCAUUUUAAAGCAAAGCCAAGACAAUUCAAACUAAACUGUUGGCUGCCCUUUGUCUUGACUGUGAUUUAAAGACUUUGCUUCAUUUCCCAAAGCAGGUAGGAAAAAAGUUAGAAGCAUUUACAAUGUAUAUUUAUGAAAAGAAAUGAACACAUGAAAGGAAAAAAAGCUGUUCUCAGUGGUGCCAUAUUUUUCACAAAUUGUAUACAGUCAUAUUUUUGUACUAUACUAUCAUUACUUAAUAAAACAUAGCUCUUAUCCCUGUGCCAAAGACAGACAAUCUCUUUCAAUAUCCCAUUCCUUACUCCAAAACCUUGAUAUUGGCAGCAGUGGACAGCACAAUGCAGACCCCAAACCUCAGUCCUGCUGCAGCAUCCCACAGAGUCCAGCUCAGUAAAGGAAUUAUCUAAUCCAUUCCCAGCUUGGAAGCACCCACACGUGCCUGUCUUCUUCUCAAAAGGAGGGGGCUGGAAGAGGCAUCGUGUGCUGCUCCUGGAUCAAUAGUUUUCCAUGAUUUGCAUGGAGAGUGUGCACUAGUUAAGUAGAAAAUCGAGAUGAUUGUUCUUCAGGGUGCUAGGAUGAGCACCAAAGCAGAAGCUAAUAGUCAUUAAUUUUAGCAUCUUAAAUUACUUCAGGUUCUUUAAAUCUUCCCAUUCUCUUUUCUUCCUCCAGUUGCACAUCUCUUGCUCAAACGAACCUACACGAGUCUCUCACUUCAUUCAAGUCUAAUGCACAUUUCUGUGUUCAUCUCCCUUUUUUCAUUCUUGUGGGGCUCAGUUCCUCAGCACUGCAACUUUGAAAGGCCUGGGAUUGGUGUCUUGGGAAAUACUGGGCAAAAUACAGCACUAAAACCAUUCCCCAAGGCAGGCACGGUGACAGCUCCCAGGGAAGUGCUCUCAGGGCCAGCCAGGCAUGGAGAGGACUCCUGGGGAAUGCCAAGGUGGCCACCAAGGACUUUUUUGACUGUGCUGUGAAAGCAAGCAGCAUCAGUUCAAGGGAAUGAGGGAAUUCAGUCUCUGGGUGUUACUACUGUAGAGCUCCCUGAUUUACAUUGAUCCAGCUCUACAGCAGCUGGUGAUAGGAAAUCAAGUCCUUGCAUUCUCAGUUUCCUACCCCACAAGAAAUCAGCUGCAGGGUGGAACCAGGCAGGGUGGAAGGAGCUGUUGCACUUUGAGCAGAGCAUCCACUUGGAGCUGCUCCAGCUCUGCCUGCGGGUGUUGGCAGUGGGUGAGACGUUCUCCUCUGAGAGCUGUGGGAGGAGCAGCCCUGGGGUGAUGUCCUCAAGUGAUUCCAGGCGGCAGGGGCACUGAAGGACACAGCCCAAGUUAGAUGUACCAGAGGCAGUGUGGCAGUGGGAAGCACAGCCUGAGCCAGGUGAGCAAUCCCAACCUGAGAGCCCCCAAGCCCAGGAACAAUGACCUCUCUGUCUGCAGCUUUCCUGGUUCAGCUCUUCCCUCAUCCCGUCAUAUUGUCCCAGCAUCACUCUGCCUGCUGCUAUGACAUUGGAAAGGACACAAACCACAGGGCAGGAAACAAGAAGAGGGAUGAUUUCAGUCCCCAGCAGAGGAAAUUACUGGUUAAAUUGCCAAAUGAGGAUCCUGGCAAAGAGUGGCAGAGAAGGGGAAGGAAAAGCACUAGGAGAGGUUUAGCUUGCCACAUCACUCCUGCCCUCCAAGGCCAACAGUGUCUACAAGCAUGGUGCAAGGCAGCAGGAAUUAUAGGAUUGUAUUAAAAUAAGACCAUCAAGUCUGGCAAGCCCAAGCUGCAGUGCUUGUGCACUUCACUGCCAGGUUUCUGAGCAGAGAUAAUAAGGGAGUCUUAUGUGUGUGAUAUUCCUGCAUCUAUUACAAACAGUGUACAGCCCAUCCUGGGACAGGACUGGGUCCCAGCAGUGCUGGAGCUGGGUCAGCCAUGGUUUGACCCAGACCAUGACAGGGAGGGGGAACAGAUGGGACAGAUUCAGCACAAGCUGAUGUUGCCACUCUGGGGAAAGGCAGGGGGAUUGCUGUGAGCCCUGCGGCCCUCAGAGCAUCACUGCCCCAAAAAGCACAAGGGAGAGGGAGCAGCAGCUCCCAGCCAGGAGAGGGGACACAAACCCUGUCCCCAGACUGAGGGUCAAGUACGUCAGCGCUUCCAGUACAAAAUCAUCCAUGUUUUCCUGGGCAGAGGAUGACACCAGCACAAAUAAGCCAUCAGCAGAGCUUGAAUUUAGCUUUUAUUUGCAGAUUUGCCACUUGAAUUGCGUAAGUAGCUUAAGUCAAACAAGGACACCCUCCUCACCUAUCCAGGAAACUGGGGCAUGAGGUAUCAUCAGUAACCACGUGCCCAGGCUGUGAGCAUGUCACUGCUGUGGCAGAUGAGUCAAGUUUGGCACAAGCAGGGGCAGGUAGAGCUGCCUGGAGCUGCCAGGUCUGAGGGACACAGAGCUCACAGGUAGUUUUUGCUGCUGAGGCCCUUGGGAAGCUGGCCCAGGACUGUUAGCACUGUAGCAAGCCAAAUCCCCUUCCCCAGAGGGGCAGUGGGAAGUCACCUGCCUUAUCCAGGCACUUGGUGACACUGCAGAGUUACCUGUCUGACAAAAACCUGAAUCAGGCUUUAGGCUGCAAACCAGCUAAGCCAGAUGGCCUAGGUUAAACACACCAGAGAAUUUGGGCAGUAAAUUACAGCUCCAAGCCUGAACUACUCUUGCAGUGAUGACACCAUCACAGUGACAAUUACAGUGGAGACAUGGUAACUGCUUAAAGCAGCACUGCCCUGUCAGAGUCCUGCAGACAUCAGCAGGGCACCACCUGCAGCGAUAACAGAAGUGGGGCUGGGCUGCAGUGUUUCCUGCUCGACACCAAACCCCAAACACUGACCUUUACUGAGCGAGAACUAUGCAAUAUUGAAGACUGUGCCAUGGGUGGUGCCUUAGCCACCUCUCCUGGGUAUGCACUCACACAUUUUCUGAAGUAUCCCCACCACAGUUACUUGUGCUGGGGUGAAGAACCAAUGAGUUCCUGAGGAGCAGGGCCAGCUCUGGAGCUUGUGAUGUGCCACAACCGUGUUGUGACCACAGCUUCUCAGCCAGGUCUGCUCUGCUGAGGCUGCACUGUUAGAAAGUCGAAGAGUUCUAAGAGUUCAGCUCCCCAGCCAAGAAUAGAGUGAAGACAGGGAUCCAAAAAGAGAAAGGAAGAGCAGAUCAAGGAUCAUGUAAGGCAGAGGAACCUGUAGUACUCACUCCUUGCAGUAGUUAAGCACAGUCACUGCAAUCAGUAUGGUCUUGUUGGGAGCCAAGGCUUUGAAUACUUUGAAUGCUUAUUUCUUGAGGAGUUGGAAAGAGAAUUCAGGAGGUUGGACUUGUCCAUGGAGGAAAAGACAUGGGACAGCAUGGGCAGUGUCACCUUUAAAAACAGGGCUCAAGAAACCAGCAAGGAAGGGAAGUGGAGAGGGGACAGCCUCUGUUAUGUAAGAGUGGUGCUGGGAGUGCAUCUUGCUGCAAGCCAAGGUGUGGGACACAGGUACAUCCUUCACAGGCAGGAGUGUAACUACCCUGGCAAGUCCUUGGUCAGAAGCAUGCCUCCACUUGCCAGCAAUCCCACUUGUGAUCAGGAUAACCAGAAUAAUUAAAAAAAAAACAAAAAAAAACCCAUCAAAAACAAACACUAAUGAGUUAGGCUAUCGUUACAUCCUCUCCUUACCAUUUUAAGUGACCAUGGCCAGUCCCCUUGGUCACAGCAGUAGAGCUCAGCUGUACAAGAGAUGCUCACCUAGAGGCUGACCCAACGAAGUCUUAGCUCAAGGGAGCAGAAGUUUCUUUGCGUUGUUCUUAUCUAGGCCAGAGAAACAACUGAACCAGGGCUCUGAAACACUCUGCUCUGCCUACACUGAAUUUGUACUUUCUAUUCCAAUCUUCUCACAUCUGCUAUGAUUUUGUACAAAACACUGUCAUUCUUCCAAUUCCAGGGUUAGAUCAGAAGAGAAAAUAAGCUCAGAAACAGCAUAGGCCAAGCUGACAGAUCCCCAAGUUAACCUACUGAGAGCAGAGAUUGUAAAAACAGCACCCCCACACCCAGACUGAUGUCUCACCCUACCCCACUCACAGCCCUCCAGCCCUGAUCAGUGCCACUUGACUUGACAGGGCAUUUAAAGACAUUUCAGAACCAUAACUGAUAUACCCAUCCUUAAAUCAGGUCACAACAGCAGGUUAAUCUGGGGAUCUGUCAGCUUAGGGAGCAUUCAAAUUGUAAAUUUUGGAAAACAAACAUUAAGAUCCAAACAGUGAUGUUAUGUGAGAAUUUCAGAGGCGGGCAAGCAAUCAACCUUCCCCUUGCUGGGAAGAGUGACCUGCUGUGCUUGAACUCUGAGCUCCUUCUCACUGUACAACCAGCCUGGGGCUCUCUGUGACCAGGACAGGGGUCAGGGGACACCAGCAGCUCCAGAGGUGCACGAGGCACAAAGGCCAAUGGACUUAACCUCACCACAUGCAUGUGGAAUGAAUGAUCCUGAAAAAUGCACCUCCUGGAGCAUCUCAAGCCUACUGUGAAAUGGAAUUCCUACACAAGAAGAGAAGUUUGUGUGGCUCCCAAGUCUGGUCAUAACAUACUGACAGCACUAAUUGUGGCCAGAGCUCACCUCUUCUUUCACGGACUUAUCGAGCUGCAGCAAAGGUUUGACUGUUUCAAAAGAACUGAAAUAGGAGGUAACUGUGAUAAAAGCCAUUCACACUUGUGUGUGUGUGUGAGAUACAGCAAAACUUCGGUGGAUUACGAGACUGAGAGAUGUAAAGACAAAGCAACACACAGAGGACUUCACCCAAAAAUGGCCUGACACGCAAAGGUCGCUGCAUUUCAUCGCAGUUUGCCAUCCUGCAGCAUUGGUGACACCACUCUGGAAGCAGCCUUGGAACCCUGAAGAUGCACAAGCCUGUCCCAAGCAGUUGUCACCACCCACUGAGAUCAAACCACAGCCAUGAGCAGGCUAAACAUCGUGGACAGUGACAUUUUAUGGACUGUGUUGUCGCUCACCUUCUACCACAGUGUACAGCAUAUCAUGCUUGUUAUAUUACAGCUAAGGAGAAAUUAAAAGCUUACACUUAAGUGACAUAAAAAAGGAGGGGGAGGACCCAAGAAUUUCUCCCAUCCAACUAUAAACGCACAUCCAUUUACAUCGUUUUGUAAAUGAAUUUAGAAGGAAAAUAAAAAUAUUAAGAUAUUUCUCUUCAGGACAACCAUUGCACAUUUGGUUUUGUUUUAGAGGGGAGAUACAAACACACAGAGCAGGAAUGGUUUCCAACUGAAAAUAUGCAAAAAAAAUAGAAGUAGGAACAGCUCAGCACCUAGCCAGCAUUUUUCUUGUGUCCUUGGAUAAACAUUAUCUCAGUUUUCCUCAGCACUUACUUCACUAGUCAAACCCUCAAAAUCUGGUAUCUAGGAAGAAUACCUCACAAAAAUUUCUGAAGAAAAGCCUAUUGAGCAGGAGCAUUGUGCUGCCCCGUUUUCUGUACCUCUCCCAUCUGCAAGCCAUUUGUAUGAAGAAAAUCUUUGUUUCCAAAGCUUGGCUUACUAAAGCUCAUUUGUUCCCAAACACAACAGAGCCUUGAUGCUGUUUACAGCAGGGCAGCCAAAGGCUGGGCUGGUUCAGCAGCAGCAGUGGGAGAUGUUACAGGGUGUCCCAUCCCUUGCCAGCCCUCCCUGUCCCCCGGGAGGGCAAUGCCAGUCACCCUCCACUCAGGGAGGAAAGUGGGGUUUGCAACUCAGACCCAAAUCUUGGCUUUAGGACAGACCCUCCUGACACACACAUCCAUCACAGCCCCUCUAUCAGCGUUCUUUUGGAAGUACUAAAUUCAGAUUUGAGCUAUUUAUGAGAGUUUCCAUGUGCUAGCUAAAAAAAAAAAAAAUUUAAAAAGGAUGUUUUCCAAGCUUGCUCAUCAACAGGAAAGGCUGGCAACAAGGUCAGAGUGUCUUCUUCAAUCUUAUCAAAUUGACAUCAAAUUGGCCCAGUUUGAUCAACUUUUCAGCAUAGAAAAAAUGAGCAGCUGCUCUUAAUAGGACAAAACUCAUCACCCUUUAACUCCACAUGAGCAUCUUUAAAUCAGACAAUGAAAAAGCUGCAUAUGCAGCUGCUUUCAUUUUCUUCUUUGCAAAGUGGGUGCUGAAAUAUCCACAUCUCACAGGAGAUAAUCAGAAAAAUAUUCAGAGUAAGAAUGCCUGGAGUUAAUGUAAGAAGGAAUGAAGUGAGCAAUGCAAGUGCUCUCUGAGUACCUCUGCUGGCUCAUUUAUACAAGUGGAAAAAAGAAUGGAAAAGUCAGUGCUUUUUCAUUUUCAUGCUUCUCUCCCUUCAAGAACAAAGGAGGCAGGUGAGAAAUACAAAGUGCAGUCAUCUUUAAAAAGUGAGAUGUAAAAUUCUUCAAAAAGAAUAAAUCAGCUUAAUCAUGAAGUACUUACACGUCUCCUCCACCUUAAAAAGGGAAGACCUUGCAUUUUCUGUAUGAAUUUAUUAUAUAUGCAUAUGUAUAAAUCUAUACAUACACAAAAUUGGUAUGGCCUUACACUCCAUUUAAGGAUAUUUUGCUACAUUGGUCAGAGUGCAAAGCAGUUGCUUCCUUCAAAUCAGUAUUUUUACAUCAUGAAAACAUAAAUCUGUAACUUAAGAUGGUUUGCAUGACCACACAGCCACAGGGGAAAAUUAUUUUUCUGGCUUGUAAAAAAAGUUUUAAAACAGAAGUUCUAUUUCAGCAGUUUGAAGAUGGAAUGUAAAGUUUCUGCUGUUAAAUGUAUAUAAAAUAUAUUUAUUGAAUCAUACAUUCAUGCUGAUUCCAAUUAAAAAAAAUAAAGAUUUUUCUGAAAUUUC